AUGGGCUCCGUUGUUCUCCCUCAUCUUACUACGGCCUGGCACGUAGACCAAGCUAUUCUUUCCGAGGAGGAGCGUCUUGUUGUCAUCAGAUUUGGUCGUGACUGGGACAAGGACUGCAUGAGGCAAGAUGAAGUGCUCUACCGAAUCGCCGAUCGCGUCAAGAAUUUUGCCGUCAUCUACCUUUGCGAUAUCGAUCAAGUGCCAGAUUUCAUUCAGAUGUACGAACUCUAUGACCCUAUGACAAUAAUGUUCUUCUUCCGCAAUAAACAUAUGAUGUGCGAUUUUGGAACCGGAAACAACAACAAACUCAACUGGGUGCUGGAGGAUAAGCAAGAGUUGAUUGAUAUCUUUGAGGCGAUAUAUCGCGGUGCGAAGAAAGGAAGAGGUUUGGUAGCUCGCCGGUCCCAAUUCGAUGUUCCCGUCUCCGUUCAAACUCGUUUGCGUACGGUCGAGUACAAAUAUGUUGGUGGAGACCUAUAUGUUGGUGGAGACCUUAAUUUCUCUUUAACUGCGGGAGGAAUAUCCCGCCUCGAGGGGGCUACAUUGUUACAUUCCAUCCCCUUCCACAAUGAAGGAACAAAGAUACUCUUCGUUUCGAAUCAGAAACUUGAUAUUCAAAUAUCCUUACGGAGAGAGGCUGCAAAGUGCCUUAGUGGACGAACAGGCUAUGCUAUGAUAGUAAAUCUAAUAGGCACUAUGUCCGCUUGUCUGCUGACCGUCCACCCCCUGGCAAUAUCCAAGUCUAAUGCACAACUUAGAGCCCUGAUAAAGCCAGAUUUCGAUGUUAAUAUUCUAAUAAUGUGCUAA